AUCUGUUCCAGCCGUCGUCAUGUCACGAAAGUCUGAGAAUACUCCGAAGUCCCGUGAACCAAGAGGGCCAACCACAUCCGUCACCCGGAACUCGUACCUCAAAUGGACGCAGCUUGGUUUUCCGGAGAUACACUUCAGUUGGGUCAUCGAAAACUUCAGCAUCUGGAUUGCGAGCGUUAAGCGGCGUAAGGUCAAGAUCGCGUACUCACCGGAAUUCCCGGCCGGGCCAAGCGCCACCAAGUGGAGGAUGGUGUUCCGGAUUGACGAUCGGCAAACGUCGCUGUUCCUUGACCCGGUGGAAUGCCCAGAGAACAUGCAGGUUCAGUUCUACUUCAAGGUGUACGGCAACUGCCGGGUGCUUGUGACGGGAGGAUUCACGCUGAAAUUUACGCCGGACGCAGAUGAGUUCCAGGGAUGCAAAAAUCUGUACAACGUCUACCGCUUGGUUGAAGAGGCUAAGAUACGCGGGAACGAGCUCACUAUUUCAUGUGAAGUGGUUAUUGAGGAAAUUUUGAGGAAAAACGUUCAAAGCAACAGCGCUGAUAUUCAGAAAUUCCACGUGGCAAACGCCAAACUACACGCCGACAUGGGGAAGCUUCUGCAAAUGGACAACUUUGGCGACGUCGAGCUGGUGGUCGGAAAUCGCACGUUUACGGCGUACAAGGGCAUCCUGGCCGCCCGUAGCUCCGUGUUUGCGGACAUGUUCGAGGGGCAGGGCAAUCGCUACCAAAUCGACGACAUGGAACCUAGCAUGUUUGAAGAAGUUCUCCGAUACAUUUACACCGACCAGGUGUCCGAUCUGGGUGUAUUGAAGUUUCCUCUGUUUGCAGCCGCCCACCGGUUCAACAUCGGAUCGCUCAAGCAACUUUGCCAGGACGCGAUCCUGGCUGGACUUUCCGCGGACACGGUUGUGGAAGCGCUUAAAACGGGCGCAAAUUGCGAGGCACACGAAAUGAAGCAUAAAACGCUGGCGUUCAUAUGCAACGAGUCGAUUGAAAUGCCAGAGGUGCGUGGUUGGGAUGAGCUGCAACAAUCGCUUCCAGGGCUGGCCAGCGAGGCACUUUAUAUUUUCUGA